UUGCGACCGAUUUGGUCCACGUUUUAUAAGAGGUUUUUUCUUUCUUGCUCUUAUCGGACAUUUUUCCUUCUACUCUUGCGGGGGCGGUACUAAUAAAGAGUCGAAUAUGACGAUUAGGGUUUGGUUCAUCCUAUCUCUGCUAGUUUUUUCUGCGUCGUUUGCAAAAUUUGCAAGUUGUGAACCAGAUCCUGAUGCUGAUGUUGAUUCCUCUGAGGACACAGGAGAAGUUGGGAUUGUUGGAGAAGAUGUCCAAGAUUUCAUUGGAGGGAGCUAUAGUCCAGCACCGGGCGUGGAAACCAUUUGUGUUUUCCCACAAAACCCUUCAAAAUUGGUGACUGCUGGGGAAGAAAGUGAACUUCUAGUUGGAAUAAAAAAUGAGGGAGAAUCAAGUAUAAAAGUUAUUGCAAUUGAGGCCAGUGUGCACUUCCCUUAUGAUCACAAGUAUUUGGUUCAGAAUCUUUCCGCCCAGGGUUUUAACAAUGCAUCAGUUCCUCCAUUGGCCCAAGCAACUUUUCCCUAUAUAUUUGGUGUUAGCAAGUUCUUGCAGCCUGGUGCCUUUGAUCUUGUCGGGACUAUUGUCUAUGAGAUUGAUCAGAAUACUUAUCAGAGUACAUUCUACAAUGGAACAAUUGAGGUUAUUGAAGCAGGUGGCCUGCUCAGCGUUGAGUCUGUUUUCUUGUUUUGCCUCGGCGUAGCUCUUCUUACCCUUCUUGGGUUUUGGAUACGCGGACAAGUUCAAAAUUUAUCUAAGAAAACCAAGAGGGUUGCAAAGGUUGAAGUUGGAACUGGGACUACUAACGCAUCCAUGGAUGAGUGGUUACAGGGCACUGCAUUUACUCAAUCUGCUUCCAUCAAAUCAAAGAAGAAGAAGUAGAUGCAGGCUCGAAUGUUUUGACUGUGGCAGAGAGAGGUAAUGGUUCUUGCAACAAAGUAUGGGGAAUCAACAUUCGGAACGGGCAGGUAAUGUUUCUGGGGUAGUUUGUGUAGUACCUUACCCUGUUGUUGUAGCAUGAUAGCUGAAUUUUCGAUCUGAGCACACACUGGUAUUAAACUUAGAGUCAGUUUUCAAUUUAAGGCGACAGUUUUGGUACUUGAGCAUUGGAUGGAUUGUUUUCCUUUUCUUGUA